AUGGUGCUGGACCUAGAGCAGCUACACAAAAAAAUGAGCAGCUCAGUAAGGAAGCAGCAGGGCGCCAAUGCCUCGGCAUUAGAGAAAGAGAUUGGUCCAGAACAGUUUCCAGUUAAUGAGCACUAUUUUGGAUUAGUCAAUUUUGGGAAUACCUGCUACUGCAAUUCAGUUCUUCAAGCACUUUAUUUUUGUCGUCCAUUUCGGGAAAAAGUUCUAGCAUACAAGAGUCAGCCUAGGAAGAAGGAGAACCUUCUUACGUGCUUAGCAGAUCUCUUCCAUAGCAUAGCCACUCAGAAGAAAAAGGUUGGAGUAAUUCCUCCGAAGAAGUUCAUAACAAGAUUACGGAAAGAAAAUGAACUUUUUGACAACUACAUGCAGCAAGAUGCCCAUGAAUUCUUAAAUUACCUACUAAAUACAAUUGCUGAUAUUUUACAAGAAGAGAGAAAGCAGGAAAAACAAAAUGGUCGUUUACCUAAUGGAAAUAUUGAUAGUGAAAAUAAUAACAGCACACCAGACCCAACGUGGGUACAUGAGAUUUUUCAGGGAACAUUAACUAAUGAAACCAGAUGUCUUACUUGUGAAACUAUAAGCAGCAAAGAUGAAGAUUUUUUAGACCUUUCUGUUGACGUGGAACAAAACACAUCAAUUACUCACUGUUUAAGGGGCUUUAGCAACACAGAAACUCUGUGCAGUGAAUACAAAUAUUACUGUGAAGAGUGUCGUAGCAAGCAGGAAGCACAUAAACGGAUGAAAGUUAAAAAACUGCCUAUGAUUCUAGCUCUGCACCUGAAGAGAUUUAAAUAUAUGGAUCAACUUCAUCGAUACACAAAACUUUCUUACCGGGUAGUUUUUCCUUUAGAACUCCGUCUGUUUAACACUUCAGGUGAUGCGACCAAUCCUGACAGAAUGUACGACCUAGUUGCUGUUGUGGUUCACUGUGGAAGUGGUCCCAAUCGAGGCCAUUAUAUUGCAAUAGUUAAGAGUCAUGACUUUUGGUUGUUGUUUGAUGACGACAUUGUAGAAAAAAUAGAUGCACAAGCUAUUGAAGAAUUCUACGGGUUGACAUCAGAUAUCUCAAAGAACUCUGAGUCUGGUUACAUCCUUUUCUAUCAGUCUCGGGACUGAGGGGGAACCGUGAUGAAGAGAUAUUUUCUGCCUCAUUUCUUCUCUGGUUAUUUUGGAAAGGAUCAAGCACUGAUUUUUCAAGAAAAGAGAAAUGCAGGAAGCUCAGGGGGCAGUAGCACACUUUGCACACAAUAAAGCAAAGACUCUGGAUUAACAAGC